CCACACCUCUUUUUUUUCCAACCAAUAUUCUGUGUGUUUUGCAGAUUGUUGCUCGUUUAUUUGUUUUUGGUUUGGUUUGGUUUGGUUUGGUUUGGUUUGAUUUGUCGGAUCUGUCACCAGCAGUGUGGUGAAUGGAAAAAAAAAUCUCUUUAUCAUCAUCAACAAAUCACAGAAAAAAUUAUCAAUUUUUUUUCCUGUCCAUUUUUGUAUUUUAUGUAAAAAAAUAAAAAUACUUGCAUCGUAUGAAUCGGGCAUUCGAUUAAAAUCGUAUGUAUGCCCUCUUUGCGUUUGGUUAAAUGGCUGAGUAAAAAUUGGAAAUUUAUUUCAUUGUAACAACAAUUAAAAAAAAAGCCAACAAUUCCAUCGUGCUCGAAGAAAAAAAAGUGAAUAAUUUUUGUUCGUUUGUUUGUUUGUUUGUGUUUAACGUGGUAAAUAGAUAGAAAUUUUAUCAGGAUUUUUUUUUUGGAUUUAUGAUGGGAAAAAAUUCCGAUUCCUGGUCUAAAGAAAGUUAUCGUGAACGUGAUAACGAUAAACAACGUGGCCACCACCAUCGCCAUCAUCGUCAUCAUCAUCGAUCAUAUUCAAAUAGUCGUCGGUCUUCGGAACAACAACAUCAUUUGAAUCGAAAUGAUUUUGAUGAUGACGAUACAACAACACAACAACAUUCCAAUUACGAUGAAAAUGACGAACAACAAGGCUAUGUCAAUAAUAAUAGAAAAUAUCGUCAACAAAAUGAUGAUGAUGAUGGAUCAGACCAUCAUCAUAAUCAUCGAUCAUAUAGCAAAAAUCAUCGUGAUAGGAAUCGAGAUCGUAGAUCACGAAGUCGUAGCUAUGAACGAAACGAUUCUCAUCAUCAUCAUAAUCAAAAUAACAGAUAUCAACAGGAUUCAGAUGAACAUUAUUAUGAUGAACGUUCAUCAUAUCCGCAACAGAAUCAGCAGCAGCAGCAGUAUCAUCAUCAACGAGAACGCCGUGAAGAGAAACCAAAUAAUACAUUAAUGAUUCGUAAUCUUCCGUUACAUAUUAAUGACAAGAAUAUAAUGGAAGAAAUCAAUCAAUUUGGUCUAUAUCCAAAAGAUGUUCGAUUAAUGAAGAAUAAAGAAACGGGUCAUUCACGUGGAUUUGCCUUUAUUGAAUUUGUUUCAAUUGAACAAGCUACUCAAUUGAAAGAAUUGACACAAGAUUGUUUAACAUUUGGUGGUGAAUAUGAAUGUACAUUACAUUAUAGUUUUCCCAAAGAUAAUUUACCAAUAGAUAAAAGUAUUCUCAAAAGCGACUGGAGCUGUCCAAAGUGUGGUAUCAAUAAUUUUAAACGUCGUGAUGAAUGUUUUAAAUGUGGAACAAGUAAAGAUGAAACACCGAUCGAUGAAGACAACAACAAUAACAAUAGCAACAGUAUAACCGUACGGCAACCAACCAAUGUAUUAUUGAUUGGAAAUCUAUCGUCGAAAACAACCGAAGAAACUGUUUUGGCUACGAUUGGAUCACAGACAUCAUUGCCAAUAAAAUCAAUUCGUAUGAUAAUGGCCAACAGGAAUUUAUCGUUGCCACCAACGAAUACAUGUUGUGUAGAAUUACACAGUGUUUAUGAGGCAACCGAAUUGUUCAAAAUCAUCACAUCAUUAGAUGAUGGUGGAUUAACUAUCGAUAAUCAUUUGGCUACCAUUUCCUAUGGUAAACGAAUCGAUCAACAACAAUCAUCAUCAUUGAUUGCAAACAAUACAUCGAUGGCAUUACAAAAUGCAGCUGUAGCUGCAUUAGCUGCUGCUCAAUGGAAAAAUCUUGAUGAUUCAUCCAAUACGGCUUCUUCAGCUAGUUCUGCUACGAAAAAACCAAAUCUUGGUAGUGUUACAUUGAAUGGUGUUAAAUAUACAAAAUACCCGCAACCCGAUUACAAUUCAUUCCAUUAUGAUGCCACUUCUGGAUUCUAUUAUGAUUCAACAACAGGAUUUCAUUAUGAUUCAAAUUCUCAAUAUUUCUACAAUUCGCAAAAUCAAAAAUAUAUGUAUUACGAUACGACUAAUCAAGUGUACAUUACCGUUGAUAGUAAUGGACAAGCAACAAAUGAAAGUAGCAGCAUUGUGACCUCAGCAGAAACUGUUGUAAAUGAUAAAUCAAAAUCUAAUCAAUCGAAUCAACAACAACAACAAAAAACAUUGUCUUCGACGGAAGAAAAGACAACAGAUAAGGCUAAAAUUGCUAAAAAGAUUGCAAAAGAUAUGGAAAAAUGGGCAAAAACAUUGGCAAACAGCAGUCAACAACGAAAAGAAUUGUCAACAAAGCCACAAGUGUUUCAAACAGAUGCUGAAGAAGAACCAGAAUGUUCGUCAGCAUCAAAUAUUAGUUAUCGUAUUUUUGAGAAACAACAACAACAAAUCUCAAAUUCAUUAUCGGCCACGGCUGAUGAUUCUAUAAAAUUGAUGAAAGAAACCAUUGAUCCAUUCGAAAUAAUCAAAGCGGAAGAGGAAAAAUUAAUCGAUCGUGAUCGUCUUGCCUGUAUGCUUUGUAAACGACAAUUCAAUAGUGGCGAAUUAUUGGCCAAACAUCAACAACUUUCUGGGCUUCAUAAAACAAAUUUAUCUGUUUUAAGACAAACACUAUUGAACGAUGAACAAUUGGAACAUGUUGAACAAGUGGAAAGAGAAAUGAACUAUAGAGAUAGAGCGAAAGAACGUAGAGAUAAAUAUGGUAUCGAUGAUACACCGGAAUUUUCUAAACGAAAAUUUGAAAUGGAAAAACAAUCACUACCACCGCUAAAGGAGAAAACACCACCACCCAUUUCCGAUGAUAAUAUUGGUAACAGAAUGCUUAAAGCUAUGGGCUGGACCGAAGGAACCGGUUUAGGAAAAUCUAAUCAAGGCAUGUCUGGUAUUAUUGAAGUGGAACGACGAAAAUCUGGUCUUGGUCUUGGAAAUCAAAAUGCAACAUUUUCAAGAGAAUCAUAUAAAGAAGCCGUACGUCGUACAGCAUUACAACGUUUUAAAGAGAUGAAUGACAAUUAAUAACAAAUCGUGGAAAAUUGUAAUUUCAUUUUAUGUUAUAAACAUCAUGCAUCAUCAAAAUGUGUGUUAACGGUGUGAUCAAUUUUUCUAUUCUAUUACUAUCAUCAUAUAUAUAUUUUUUAUAUGUUUUUUUUCUGUACCAAAUCAUUAUUUGUCCAGGAUCUCACAUACUUAUAUGAAUAAUGAAUUGAUUUGUAAUUGUUGUUUUGUCAUCAUACACACAUACACACACACGUAUCUUUUUUUGUUA